AUGUCAGUCAAAGACGUUUAUGAUUAUACAGAUAAGCUUAAAAACCAAUUGAUUAAAGAUAAGAAAGUUUUAGAAAUAUCGAAGGAAUUCCUUAAAAUAACUGAAAAUGCUGAAAGAAUGAAAUUCGUAGAAAAACUUUUAAUCGAAUACCGGCUUAUGGCUGAAGAUAUGAAAGUCAAGUCAUGUAAAUCAAACGCAACUUCUGAAUUACAUCGUAAGAAAGGCAACGAAUUUUACACUGAAAAGAAGUUUCUCGAUGCAAUGGAGUCAUACAACAAAAGUUUGUGUUUUGCUGAGUCAGGCAGUGACAAUAUCGGCAUCGCUUAUGCAAAUCGAUCGGCAGUUUACUUUGAAACACAGUUAUAUAGCAAAUGUCUCGAGAAUAUUCAACUGGCAAAAGACAAUAAUUAUCCAAUGAAAAAUAUGGGAAAGUUGGAUAAACGUAAAAAUCUUUGUCUUGAACUGAUCAAAACCGAUCAUGAUGCAAAAAACGCCAAUGACCCAGUACGUGGUAAAUAUUUUAAAUUAAAUCAGAAACUGAACAAAAAACUCCCAUUUCUUGCUGAAUGCUUGGAAGUGAAAAGUAAUGACACAUUUGGUCGAUACAUCGUAACAAAGAAAGCUCUCGCACCUGGUGACAUUGUUUGUAUUGAGGAACCGUUUUCAACGUUCCUCCUUCCCAAUUGUAGUUACAAGUACUGCGCAAAUUGCCUCAACGACAACUCAUUGGAUCUCAUCGCAUGUCAACAGUGCACAUCAACAUUGUUCUGUUCAGAUGAUUGUGCAAAAAUUGGCUACGAAAAAUUUCAUAAAUACGAAUGUGGAAUCAUCGACGAAUUGAAUUUUUUGGGAACAAAAAUCUUACGACUCGCCUUGAGAACAUUUUUUGAAGCUUUUUACGUAUGCAAUCAGAACUUGAAUGAAUUAAAAGCUUUGAUGAAAGAAAAUGAAGGCUCAACAGCAACAAUUUUCGACUUUGACGAUCCUUUUGAUAAAAAAAACAUUUUACAAGCGAUCGAUGCAUUAGCAAUGAAUAGUGGAAGAGAUCAAAGCGAUUUGUUCCAAAGAAGUGGAAUUGUUGCAAUAAUGUGUAAUUUAUACUUGAAGUUCACGCCAUUGAAGGAUAUUUUACCGACUGAAGCCGACGAAGAUUUCUUCCGAUGUUUCAUCUUCAAACAAACUCAAAUUGCUGCUUGCAACUAUCAUGGACUUUACAAUGGUGUUGUUAAACUAAUGGAAAUUUGUGAUGACCCAGGGUACGGAUCAGGAAGUUUUCCUUUUUGCUCUCUCAUCAAUCACAGCUGCGCUCCAAAUCUUGUUCGUUUAAAUUUGGGACCGAAGAAUUUUAUUGUUAUUAACCGGCCGAUUCCAGCUGGCGGUCAACUUUUCGAUAAUUACGGCUUUCACCAUUGCUUAGAAACCUUUGAACAACGGCAAUUGGGACUCCUCAACCAAUACAGAUUUAAAUGUUCGUGUGAAGCUUGUGAGGGAAAGUUUGCACUUUACAACGACCUUUCACAUGUUGACCGAAAUUUCUACGAUAUCUAUGGCGGCGACAUCGAAAAAUUGAUGCACUUUGAUUUUGAAAGAGCUAUUGAGAAAUUUGAGAGUUACUGUUUGUACCUUAAAAAGUACGACAAGUAUUAUCCAUGUUAUGAAAUCAGCUCCCUUCAAGAAUGCCUCUUGCAAGCUCUCAAAAUGUUCUCAAGUAGUAAAUCUAAAAUGCAAUUAUGCAUCAGAUAA